UGCCGCAGCUGCUGUGGCGCACACAGGGAGCAGAGAGGUGCGCUCUUUCUGUGGUGACUAUGUCGAGUCUGGCACGGGCUUUUUAACACUAAUCAGCGAUCACCGAGGCCGUUUCUCUUCGGCGAAAAACAAAAACGGAAUGUUGUCGGUCUCUCUCUCAGCAAGGUCGGUUUCCACAGAACACUGAAGACACCGCUCAUUUACCAUGAGCUGUUUGGAUGUUAUGUACCCAGCCUAUGGACAUUACGCACCGUACGCACCGACUGCUCCUGCUUUUAUCAAUAGCUUUCAGGCUCCCACAGGUCUGAGCAGCACUUCUCCUCACUGCCGGGAUUUUAUGGACACUCCCAGGGGUCCCGAGGGGAUGUCUGGGGGCCCAGGCAAUGGAGGAUCAACUUCCUCCUCAUCUUCAUCUAGCUCUUCCUCUUCCUCCUACACGCCUGCGGCUUCAAGGCCAGAGGAGGGCCCCAAGGAGAAGCAGGAGGCCCCUGAGGCAGAGUACCUGACAUCUCGCUGUGUCCUGUUCACCUACUACCAGGGAGACAUCAGCAGUGUGGUGGACGAACACUUCUCCAGAGCCCUCAGCUCCUACAUGGAUGGAGAGGGCAAAAGGAGGGCGCCAGACCAGCAGGGCACAGACACCCCUUCUCCUAGCAGCCGACGAAGCUUCCCCCCAUCCUUCUGGGACAGUAACUACUCCUCACCUCAAAGCCGCUCCCACUGUGAGACAGGAGCACCCUCCUAUUCCAUGGACCCAUAUGCAUCAGGGCUGCACCCAAGCCUGCCACAUCCACACGCUCAUCCUCACCCACAUGCCCAUCCUCACUCUCAUCCUCACCCUCCAGAGAGCUGGGGGUAUCCCCAGGCCCAGGCCUACGGGCCACCAAGGCCUCUCCACGAACUGUAUUCACCCUCAGCUUUGGAGCCUCACUAUGGGCCCCUGUUGAUGCCCACGGUGAGGCCACCUCAUCUCCCUACCUUGCCAAGCCACUAUGAAGUGAGCAAGCUGGAACCUGCUGCCUCCUGGCCCAGCUUGCUUCCCCCAGGAGAUGUCAGCCAGACAUUGGCGCUCAACAUGGAUGCAGGCCUCCAGCAGCACAAGAAAGGCAAGGAGCUGUACUGGUUCUAACGAGCCCUUCAGUCACAUUGACCAGCCAUUACCAGAUCCAAUUAGUCCCUGGACCUGCUCCGCUAUUGAAGCAGCGUGUCCCUUUAUCCCCCCCCCACACACACACUGCUUCCCCAUCUAUCCACCCCCUUCUCUCUGCUCCUGGCCUCCCCUGCCAGUAUACAGCCUUGCUCCAGGUCGGUGUGUGUGCACCAUGGAGAUAAAGCAGAGAGCGGGAGAGAGUAAGAGGGAGAGAGACAGAGUGUCACUGUCCAUAAUCUGUGCCAUUGCUCUCUCUUUCUCAUCUCUCUUCCUCUUCCUCUCCUGUCGCUGUCGGUGCAGCACAGACCUUGGCAAGGUGUGAGCCACAGUGACCUGUUUGGACAGAAAAAGACAGGAUCACAACAGACUUUUACAGAGGACAGAGAGAAAGAGGGAUGAAUGGAGGGACAGAGGGAUAAAUAGUGGCGAGCAGGGAUUCCCUCCAACGUGGUUAUCUCUGUCUCAUGCUCUUUGUUGGUACAGUGGUUGUCAUCAUCCACUUAUCUGCAUUUCACAAAUGCAACAUGCAGUGAUAAACAGGAGCAGCAAUUAUGGCAGUUUAUGCUUUGUGACUAUCAUUAUGAUGCCUUUUUUUGGUUGUUAUUAUAUAAUUUUGCUCUCUGAAAUAAAGUGUUUCUAUUUAUUGGUGUUUAUGUGCAUUUCUAAAAUGUUUGGUUAGGCCAGUGUUCUGCAAUUAUUGUGGUUCUGUUUAUUGUGUUUUCUAAAGACAGAGAUGAUGGGAAUGACCAUACCAUGUGCUGUUGAUGGAGUUUCUCAUCUAUCUAUGAGGGAAUCUUUUGUGGAGAUUUAAGAUCAUUUCUCAAAAACAUAUCAAAUCUUGGUUCAGUUAAACAAGAUGUUGUUUGCACUGAACAGACUCAUAGACUGCUUUCUUUCAAUUUGAUGAUGUUCCAUUUUAGUUCUUUAUUUCUCUGCCAUUCUUAGAUGUUUUGAAUGUGGAAUUUCUAAAUAUUUUUGGAAUGUUUUUUUUGUGUGUCAUUUCUCAUUUUUCUGUCCAAG